AUGCAGACCGAAGAAGAUCUACCAGAAAUCUCAAAACCAGAGGUUCAGACCUUUGUUAGAUUCUUUAAUUCUCUCUCUCAGCCCACCGAAAGAACCAUUAGAUUCUUUGAACGAAAUGCAAACGACACGCAAUAUUAUACUUGUCAUGGGCAAGACGCUGUCCACAUUGCACACGAAGUUUUCAAAUCAACAAGUGUGAUCAAGAUCUGGACUGCUAGCGCAAGCGAAGAAUUGCAAACAACAACAGUAUCAAAAAAUGCUGCCGAGAAUUUUAUUAGAGAAGCACUUUUGCACCAACAACUUCACAUUGAGAUUUGGGCACAACGUAAAAAUACAAGCACUUGGGAACUGUCUCGAAAAGCCUCCCCAGGAAAUUUACAGGAUGUGGAGGACCUCUUAUUUGUUGACACAGGAAUGGUCAUAUCUCCUGUCAUACUAGCUGUCAAAAUUUCAAUCACAAAAGAUCACAAAGUUGUAGGCGUGGCAUUUGCAGACGUUUCAGUAAAAGAGAUUGGCGUUUCCGAAUUUUUAGACACAGACCUCUAUUCGAACUUUGAAUCGUUUAUUAUCCAAUUGGGCGUGAGUGAGUGCAUUAUACCUGUACAAGAUGGAGAAAAAGACGGGGAAAUCCAAAGAAUCAAGAACAUCCUCCAACGUUGCAAUAUUUCUACAACAGAGAAAAGAAAAGCCGACUUUAAUUCGAAAGAUAUUGUACAAAGUUUGGAUCGUCUAAUAAAUACAGAUCUGUCCGUAGCUACUUUGCCCGAAAUUGAUAUGAAGAAUGCUAUGGAUUCGUGUGCCUGUUUAAUAAACUAUCUCUCGCUCUUAAACGACAAGGAAAAUUUUAAGCGCUUUAGCCUCAAACAUCAUGAUCUAUCACAGUACAUGCGGCUUGGUGGAUCUGCGCUCAAUGCACUAAAUCUGAUGCCCGGUGUUCAUGAAGGUGUAAAACAAACAACUCACCUUUAUGGGCUACUCAACAAAUGCAAUACAGCCCAAGGAAGUCGUUUGUUAGCCCAAUGGCUGAAACAACCUCUUCUGAGCCUUGAAGAUAUUGGCUAUCGACACGAUAUUGUACAGGUCUUUUAUGAAAACACCGAGUUGCGACACAUCCUCAGAGAUGAAAUCUUGAAACUUAUUCCAGAUAUGAAUCGACUAGCCAAACGUUUCCAAAAACGUAGUGCAAACCUCGAAGAUGUUUACAGAGCAUAUCAAGUUGUUACUUGUUUACCUCUUUUCUUGACGUGUCUAACGAAUUAUUUGCCGAUGGAUCAAGAUAAGGCUGAUUUGAUCCAGAAAACUUACAUUGACGUUAUCAGUAGACACUAUGAGGAAAUGUUCACCAUUAAACAGCUUGUGGAGACUACGCUUGAUUUAGACGCAAUUCAAAACCACGAAUUCGUUCUUAAAGCGCAAAUAAACCCAGAAUUAACAGCUAUUAAUGAUAAAAUUGUUGCGAACAAGGACAUGAUUGACAGUAUUCACAAUUCGGUGGCAAGAGAGCUUCAAGCAGAUACCGACAAAGUGCUCAAGUUAGAAAAACACAGCUUGUAUGGAUACUGUUUGCGGAUACUCAAAUCCAAUGCCGGAAAAAUACGCAACAAAAAAUCAUACAUUGAAUACUCUACUCAAAAAUCGUGCACCUAUUUUACUACCCCUGAGCUCAAACGAUUGAACAAUGAUAUAAGUGACCUGAAUAAUGAGUAUCAAAGGUGUCAAAGCCUCUUGGUCGCAGAUGUAAUAGAUACCGUAGCUGGUUUCUGUGACACAUUUAAACUUUUGGGAAGUGUGAUUGCCCAUAUGGAUGUUCUUGUGAGUUUUGCCUAUGUAGCUAUCAUGGCUCCUAUUGCAUAUGUGAGACCAACCAUGUCACCAAUGGGGCAAGGAAAUGUUAUAUUAAGAGGUGCAAGACAUCCGUGCUUGGAGAAUCAGAGCGACGUUUCAUUUAUUCCUAAUGAUGUAAAGAUGAUUCGAGACGAAUCUGAAUUUUUAAUUAUUACGGGACCUAACAUGGGUGGAAAGUCAACAUAUAUUCGCCAGAUUGGUGUUAUUGCAUUGAUGGCCCAAAUCGGAUGCUUUGUUCCUUGUACAGAGGCAACUAUGUGUAUUUUUGACUCAAUAUUGUCCAGAGUUGGUGCCGGAGAUUGCCAAUUAAAAGGUGUAUCCACAUUUAUGGCAGAGAUGCUGGAGACAUCAACCAUCCUAAAGUCUGCGACUAGAAAUUCUUUGAUCAUUAUUGAUGAGCUUGGAAGAGGUACUGGUACAGCCGAUGGCUUUGGUCUUGCUUGGGCACUUUCAGAGUACAUAGCUACGGAGGUUAGGGCAUUCUGUUUGUUUGCUACUCAUUUCCAUGAGCUUACAACUCUAGCUGAAGAGGUACCCUGGAUAAAGAAUCUCAAUGUAGCCGUUGAUGUAACGGAAGUGAUGGGUAAAGCGAGCGAAAUCACGCUGCUUUAUACAGUCAGAGAAGGUGUCUGUGACGAGAGCUUUGGUAUUCACGUCGCGGAAUUAGCCAAUUUCCCAUCCGACACAGUGAAGCUCUCAAAAGAAAAGUUAAAGGAGUUAGAAGAAUCAGAAGCAAACUCAGAUAAAAAUCUCUAUGGCAGUUAUUCAGUCCAGGAUGUAGAGGACGGGAAAAGGCUUGAGGAUGAAUAUCGAACAGAGCUUUACAAAAUAGUAAACCGUAAUGGCGCAACUGAUAGUGAGAUCAUUGAAGAAGUUUCUGCUCUUAACAAAAAGUUCAAACCCGUUUUUGAACAAAAUGCAUACUUGCGAGACUUCCACAAAUGACUAACGCCAUAAAAUCAAGUUCAAAAUUUCCAUUUGCAUAAUAAAUUCUAACAGCUUAAAAGCAUCCCCAGACAUUACAUUUAUUAGUUUCAUAGAAUACAUGAAAUUUAACUAUACUUUCGAUGGAAUAUAGCCCAAAAAAAAGAAGGCCAAAUUAUGGCUUCAUUUAUUUUUUC